UAGUUUCGAGGGAUCUCUUCCGCACAUUUUCUCACUCCUUUCUCGAAACGUUUUCCCGUGCUUUUCCCUUGUUCAUGAAACUCCCUCAUCGCUCAACACUCUAUGGACCAUGGGGACCGCCACGGAAUCACCGCCCGAUCUCCAAACCGACGGCCCUGAUCCUCCAACCCCCACUCUCGCCGCCGCCACCGCCGCCGCCUCCGAUCAUGACCUCCUCUCCGAGCUCGAAUACGCCCGCGAAUCGCUACAGCAACUCCUAUCGAAGUCGGCGGCCAUGGAGGAGGACUUGAUUCUCGUCCAGCGGCAACGAGACGAGGCGAUCAGCCGAGUCGCAAGCUUGAACGAAACCGUCGAUGGCUUGUCGAGCGAGAGGGACUCGCUCCGCGGGAGGAUCAAGGAGCUGGAGGAUUUGGCCGUGGAGAGAGAAGAGGAUUCUGUGGCGAAGUUUGAAGAGGAGUUGAGGGAGAGAGAAGGGCUUCGGAUCGAGAUUGAAGUGUACAGAGAGAAGUUUCACGGUUUGGAGACGGAGAGGGAGCAGCAAAAGGAGUUUCUGCUCAGAAUCGCAGAUUCGACAAAGGCGGUGAAGGAGAGCUUGGCAAGGUUAAUAGAUAGUCUGGAUGAUGAGAAGGUCGCCCAGAUAGAAGAAGAUGAAAGCCUAGAUACAGGAGAAGAACUAGACCGAGAAUUGAGAUCGGUGUGGGAAGAAAUAUUGGAGGUUACAAGGCUUGUUGAUACGAUGGAAUCAAAAGUCAAUGAUUAUAAGGACUUAAAGAAAAAGGAGAGAAAGCAAUUGGAGAACAGCGUGGUGAGUUUGACGGAGGAAAACCGCGAUAUCAGUAGCCUGUUGAGGAUUGCUCUUGUCGAGAAGGAGUCUGUGGAGAAGACUUUGAAUAAAUUGAGAGGGGGUAAUGAACAGAAGAGGGUGCCACUGCUGCAAUUCGCUGAGCGAGGGUUACAGAGAGUCGGGUUCGGGUUUAUGAUGGGAAGUGGGAAUGCCGAGCAGCCAAUGGAGAGCUCAGGCGCAUCCAGUACUGGGAGUAAGUCAGAUGGUAGCGACUGCGAGGAGGAAGUUGUUAGUCUGGCUUCAACUGUAGAGAGAAUAAUGAAGAAUUUGAGGCAAGAAAUCACUCAGUUGAGGAAAUCCUUAGAGGAUUCAAGGUCAGAUACCGAGCGUCUACAGAGCCUUACAAACAAACAAGCUCAGGAAAUCGCCGAAAACACACUGUACAUAAAAGAAUUGGAAGAAAGAGAGAGACUAUUAGCUCAAAAUGUUGAGGAGUUAUUGAACGAAAUUAAGGAAACUGAAGAAGAGGUUGCCAGAUGGAGGGAAGCUUGUGAGUUGGAAGUGGUAGCAGGGAAGAGUGAAAUUGAAGAACGUGAUGAAGUGGUCAUCAUUCUGAAGCAAGAACUGGAGAAGACCAAGGCAGCUUUGGACAUGUCCAAUGGGAAGCUAAAACUGAAAGAGGACCUUGCAGCCGCUGCAAUGGCCGCGCAGGAGGCAGCAGAAAGGUCGCUUCAGCUGGCUGAUAGCAGGGCGGCGGGGCUUCGGGAGCGAAUAGAAGAGCUAACGAGACAGCUAGAAGAGGUGGAUGGCAGGGAAAAGAAGAGCCGCCAAAGAGUUAGACAUAUAUGUUGGCCGUGGCGAAUCUUGAAGAACCCUUUCAACACCGCAAAUGCUAGAUUCCCUAACGUAAGGAGGAUGCUCCCGGAAAUGCAAGCCUUGCUUCAUUCUAGCGCUUAACCAACAGCUGUUUCCUGUUGAGCCAGAUCACAAUCUCUACCAGGAACUGCACCUACCACGAAAGGUUCCACGGCGCGAUUGUUACACUUGUUUUCUGUUUCUUUGCGUUUCUCCCCUGUACCUAGAAUUUUUUUUUUUUUUAUAGCGCUACAACUAACCAACAGUACGGAUAGCACACGACACUGUUUUUUUAUGUGAUUCAUGUAGAAAGCUUUCGUGGUACAAAUUCCUGCCCCAACUUUCCACUUGAAAUGUUUCUUGGUUUCUUUAUGUUCAAAGCACGAAAUUUGUGGAUGACAGUUUAUUUCCCGAGAAUAACGUACUUCUUCUGUUGAUA